CUGACGAUUGUUAAUUUUAUUUAUUUUUUUUGCAGCUAGUGAACAAUGCCUUCCAUCUGAAUUCAAUUGCGGCGAUGGUCAGUGCAUACCUGGAUACUUGAGAUGUACCGGCACUCCAGAAUGUAGCAACAGAGCAGACGAAGCAAAUUGCACUGGAGGAGCACCGGGACCCUCUGGCGAAUACUUUAGGUGUGAAUCCGGAGAGCUCAUCCCCAAGAGCAAACUCUGUGAUCGAGAAUAUGACUGUUCUGAUCAGAGUGACGAGAGAAAAUGUCCUUGUUUGGAUACCGACUUCUAUUGCGACAACGGAUUUUGCAUUCCACAUCGGCAACGUUGCGAUGGCACGCGACAGUGUCAGGAUUCUUCCGACGAAAGAGAUUGCGAAACACUCGAACGAUGCGAACACUACCAAUGGCAGUGCAGGAACGGUCAGUGCAUCGACCAAAUCGACCGGUGCGAUCGCAAAAUCGAUUGCGCAGACGGCACGGACGAAGUCAAUUGCACUUUUUGCACCCCCGAUAGUUUUAGAUGUCACAACGGCGCAUGCGUGCCGCUCAGUCUACGAUGCGACGGUGCCGGCGACUGUCCGAAUUCCGAGGAUGAAGAGCACUGCGACUCUCAAAUACCAACGACAACUGAACACCCCAUCUAUCAGGAAUGUCUAGCCAAUCAAAUACGUUGUCGCGAUCAAUCGUGCGUCUACGGUAGUCGUUGCGAUCGCAGACGCGAUUGUCCGGAUAGUUCCGAUGAAGAAGGCUGUCAGACUUGUCAGCCUGAUCAGUUGCAAUGCCGUAACGGCGGCUGCGUCGACUCGAGACUUUGGUGCGACGGACUCGCAGAUUGUUCCGAUGGAACUGAUGAGGAAAACUGCGGUUGCCGAGACGACGAAUUAGAUUGCGGCGAUAGAGUUUGCGUAGAAAUCAAUAGGAGAUGCGACGGGCAACAAGACUGUCCGAAUGGUAGAGAUGAAGAGGCAUGCCCUGACGAUGCAGGUUCCCAUAACAGAACACAACCAUGUUCGGUGGAUCAAUUUGACUGUGGUAAUGGACAAUGUAUUGAAUUACAAUUUAGAUGCGAUCGAUACUCUGACUGUCACAAUAACGCUGACGAAAACAAUUGCGCCUGUGCUCAAUACGAACAUCAUUGCACAGACGGCACUUGUAUUCCACAAUCUGCGCUCUGCAAUUCGGUGCACGAUUGCAUAGACGGUUCAGACGAGCUAAACUGCACCACGCCCACCUGUCUUGGCAACGAGUUCAGGUGCGAAAGGGACAGCAAAUGUAUCCCGAUUCAGCAGAGAUGCGAUAGAUACCCUCAGUGUUCGGAUGGGGCCGACGAACAAGGAUGUCCUUGUAACGACUAUGAAUUCCGUUGUUCGAACGGACAAUGUGUAGACGAUCGUGUGCGUUGCAAUGGACGACCCGAUUGUAGUGAUUACUCAGACGAACAAAAUUGUCCGACCACCACUCAAGCACCAAUUACUUUGCCCCCAGUUACAGUGUCGCCGAAAUCGUGUCCUUUCCCCUACGUGUCCUGUUUCACCGAUGACCAAUGCAUAUUGAGAUCUCAGCUGUGUGACGGACGAGUCGACUGUCGCGAUAUGUCCGACGAGUCCAGUUGCGCUGCUGCUGCCGAUGGUCUUCAACUAAGAACUUAUCCAAACUCUCAGGAAAUCAAAGAAAAUCAGGAAGUAGUAUUCACGUGUCGUGAUGAAGGACCGGUUAGGGCUCCGGUUGAAUGGAAAAGAGCCAACGGUCUACCUCUACCGCCUGGAUCUACGGACAAUCAUGGACGUCUGGAAAUGCCCAACAUUAAACUUGAACAUGGGGGUACUUACGUUUGUGUAGCUAGAAACUAUCCACCUGGUACACCAGGCGCUGAAGUGUCUGUCCAAUUACACGUUGAUAAAUUCGAACCACCAUACUUUCCACAACAACCAGUCAGAUGUCUUGUUAACCAAUCGACAUGCGCGAACGGCGACUGUAUUCCAAGAAACAAAGUGUGCGACGGAGCUUACGACUGUACCGAUGGAUCAGAUGAAAAUAGAUGCAGUAAAAGCGGAAAAUGCGAACCAAAUCAAUUCAAAUGCGAAAACAGCAAUUGCAUCUCAGCCGUAUGGAAAUGUGAUGGACAAGACGACUGCGGAGACGGUUCCGACGAAAGAUUUUGCCAGUCGCGGAGACCAGGAGAAAAAUGCGGGCCACAGCAAUUCACUUGCAGAGAUGACCAGUGCAUACCCAAGUAUUUCCAUUGUGAUGGCUCUCCAGAUUGUCUAGAUAGAAGUGACGAAAUUGGUUGCAGGGCUCCUGAAAUUUUCGAACCACCACCAAGCAUGAUCACCCUGAACGUUGGACAAACAUUCACCAUCACUUGUAGAGCGGCCGGAAUUCCUACUCCUCAAAUUAUGUGGCGUUUGAAUUGGCAUCAUGUACCAAGCAAAUGUAGCUGGACCAGUGAAAAUGGUUUUGGUACAUUGACUUGCGAAAACAUCCAAGUAGAAGACCAAGGUGCUUACUCUUGCGAAGCUCUCUCUACAAUAAACACAGUUUUAGCAACUCCGGACACUAUUCUAAUAGUAGAACAACAAUCGGUCUGCAGUGCAGGAUACUUCAACGUCGAAGCUAGAACGCAGAGUGAGUGUAUCAAAUGUUUCUGUUUCGGUCACGCCACCAACUGCAAGUCGGCCGAUUUGUUCAUAUUCCAAUUCCAACCGCCAUUCGACUCUUUGAAACUUCUUGGCGCUCGCAUCGACCCUCGCACUGGAGUCGUUGACAUUCGCGAUGAACCCAUUUACAAGGGAGUCGAGCCUCAGCUUCAACAAAUCGGUCGCAACGGUGUUAGAGCUUCUAUACCCUACUUUGCUGAACUAAAUCAAGUCGAUGUGGUACCCUACUUCGCGUUACCUGAAAACUACCACGGCAACCAGCUAAAGAGUUACGGAGGAUAUUUGAGAUACAAUGUCCUCCAUGGCAAUACUGGAAGACCUAUCGUGGGACCCGAUGUAAUAAUGACUGGCAACAACUUAGUUCUUCUUCAUCAAUCACGCACAUCACCACAGCCUUACCGUCCUAACGAACAAAAAGUGCGAUUCUUUGACGGUGAUUGGAUCAUCAAAUCACACACUGAACGACCCGCUACCCGCGAGGAAAUAAUGAUGACCCUGGAAGAUGUCAGCCAGAUUCUCAUCAAGUUGGAAUACAACGAAGGAGUGCUAAACACUUCUCUUACAAACAUCGAGAUGGACUCUGCUGCUAUUCCUGAUAGUGGACUUGGUGCUGCCAACUAUGUCGAGGAGUGCUCCUGUCCUGUUGGGUACACUGGAACAUCUUGCGAAAAUUGUGCUGAAGGAUUUGCCCGCCACCAAUCAGGCCAAUGGCUAGGUCGAUGCUACAAAGAACCUCAAUCUUGUCCACCAGGACAAUUCUUUGAUGGAAGAGAAUGUCAAGUAUGUCCUUGUCCAUUCACCUCACCAAGUAACCAAUUUGGCAGAACUUGUCAUCUCAACACUGACGGUAACGUCGUCUGCGAUUGCCAGCCCGGCUACGUGGGUCUUCGUUGUGAAAGCUGCGCAGCUGGUUAUGUCGGAAAUCCUUUGCAACCUGGAGAUACUUGCAGGCCUGUUGUAAGUCAAUGCGAUCUUCAAGGGACGCUUAGACAAGAGCCUGAUGGCAGAUGCGUUUGUAAGGAAUACACUACCGGCUUUUCCUGUAACGAAUGUAAGCCGAACUCAUUCAACCUAAAUCCUAGAAAUCAAUUUGGAUGUAUUUCCUGCUUCUGCAUGGGAGUUACACAAGAAUGUACCAGUUCAAGUUGGUACAGAGAUACUAUACAAUCAGUAUUUACUAGCUCGAUUAACGAAUUCAGGCUUACCGACAUUCACAAAGAGAAUACAUUCACCGAAGGUAUCAGGCUUAAUCAAGACACACGUGAAAUUGCUUACAGUGCCUUUGGUCAGCCCGGAGCUUAUUAUUGGUCACUUCCGAACAAAUAUCUUGGCGACAAGAUUACUUCUUAUGGCGGGUACCUUACGUAUACAUUCAGAAACACUCCUGUGCCUGGUGGUGCCAGCUCGCGUAACAAUGCUGCCGAUGUAGAACUUGUUAGCGCCAAUCAUAUCAGUCUGCAAUAUUUCUCCUCAAACGUUACUCAAUCAACAAAUUCGGCUCAACAAUUCAGGGUGCCACUUUUGGAACAAUACUGGCAAAGAAAUGACGGUGAAAAAACCGACAGAGAACAUCUGCUUAUGGCUUUAGCUGACGUUAAAAAUAUAUAUAUUAAGGCAACUUACUUUACCAAUUCCCAGGAAGCAGCUUUGAUCUCAGUCUCUCUUGACAUUGCCACUGACCACAACACCGGCAGAGAACGAGCCUACGAAGUAGAACAAUGUCAUUGUCCGCCGGGUCAUACCGGAUUAUCCUGCGAAGACUGCAACUUUGGUUAUACAAGGUCUGACGAAGGUAUUUAUUUGGAAUUGUGUAAGCCUUGCGAAUGUAAUGGAUAUUCCAACGACUGCGAUCCAGAGACUGGAGUUUGCAGAAACUGCAGAGAAAACACAGCUGGAGAGCAAUGCGAACAAUGCCAGCCAGGGUACACCGGCGAUCCAGCUCGUGGACAACCUUGCAGACCAAUUGGACCUCCACCACCAUGCAACUGCGAUCCACGUGGCUCAGCUAGCAAUGGUUGCGUCAAUGGCGUAUGUCAGUGCAAGGCUAAUGUAGAAGGACCCAAUUGUGGCAGAUGCCGAAACGGUACCUUCGGUUUAAGCUCCGACAACAUCCAUGGCUGCGAAUUCUGCUUCUGUUCCGGCGUGUCUGCUGAAUGUAGCGAAAGUCAACUUUACGUCGAACAAAUCCCAGUUCAAAUCACAGAGAACCACAGCUUUAUUUUAACUGAUCAAUUCUUUGGAGAAACCAUCAAGACUGGCUUCAAAACUAAUCUGGCUUUGAAUGAAAUCGGUUAUACGUUCCCACCAAGCAGAAGAGAAAGACUGUACUGGUCUCUGCCGCCGCUAUUUACUGGAAACCAAAUUAAGUCUUACGGUGGGAAAUUGGAAUACAUGCAACGCUACAUUAACCUACCGCACGCACAAAACUUCUUAGAUAAAGACAUCAUCAUCACUGGCAACAAUGUGGUAAUUUAUUGGUCCAAUCCCAAUGAACUUAAACCCGAAAUAGUCAAUAGUGUUAGCGCUAGGCUUCAUCCAAGCGCAAACUGGUACAGACUUGAUCAGAACAGAGCACCAAAGUCUGCCUCCAGAGAAGAUAUUUUGACUGUUUUGGCUAAAAUCGAUUCCAUUCUAAUCAGGGCCAUACCUUCGACUGAUACUUCUAGUACUUUCCUUAGUGAUAUUUCUUUAGACACUGCCGUUGAUGUUUACACUGGCAAACCUUUCGCUAUUAAUGUAGAAACUUGCAGAUGUCCGCCAGGCUAUCGAGGAACCUCUUGCGAAGCUUGUACUUCUGGCUACUACAAAGACAUUUCCUACUCCGAUACCCACCCUCUAGGCUCCUGCAGACAAUGCCCAUGCAACAACCGGGAGGAAAGUUGCGGUUUUGACCAAACUUCACGUGGAGUUGUUUGCCUUUGUCGACCAGGUUUCUCUGGAAGAUAUUGCGAAUCAACUGAGAUCAUCACUACUACUCCAGGCUCAAACCACACCGAACCCAGUCCAGCACCACCGACAAUCGAAGUGAUUAUCAGUGGACACAAUAUUGAAAUUUAUGAAAUCGGUAGCAACGUUAGGCUAAACUGCUCAGCUGUUUCUAGAGUGCCUCAACAUACUUUAAGGGUCGACUGGUCCAAAGAUAACGACGUUUUACCUAACAACGCAAUCGACGAUGGAAGAGGCAUACUUUACAUUAGAGACAUAACAGUUUCUGAUUCUGGUAGAUACACUUGCAGAGCUGACGAUGGCUGGUCUGUGGUUACUGAAAGUAUCAAUAUCGUAGUUGGAGAAGGUUCAAGAAAUGAAGCUCCAGUCAUCGCCAUUUCCUCGCCAUACGUUCAAGCCAGCGAAGGUCAAUUAAUUGAAGUGAGAUGCUCAGCUACCGGAAAUCCUUUCCCCGAAUUUUACUUGUCGCGUCUUGAUAGACAACCCCUUAAUCCUUCUCACACCUUUGAACAUGGAGUCUUCAGAAUUUAUCAAGCAGCUGUAACCGAUGCCGGCCAGUAUCAAUGUACUGCCAUAAACCGUGCUGGACAAGACACGAGAAGUUUCGAAGUUCAAGUCACUGCUGGAUCUGUUUUGAGGGUCGAGAUUGAACCUAGUUUCUUUGAAGGAAAAUCAGGUGACCAAGUCCUCCUGAGAUGUAUUGCUAAUAGAGCACAAGACAUUCGUUGGUCGAAAGAAGGCGGCUCCAUACCCUAUGAAAGCAGAGAUGAAAACGGAGUGCUUAUCAUACCAAACGCUCAACCAUCUGAUUCUGGUACUUACAUUUGUACCGCUACAUCUUAUGACGGCACUAGAGGCACUCAGUACGCCACUGUUAACAUUAGAGGCGGGGCAGGAGCUCAUCCAACUGCUAAAGUUAUCCCAGAACAAUUGACCCUAAGGCAAACCGACACUGCUGAAGUUAAAUGCGAAGCCACCGGAACUCCAACUCCUACCGUCAAAUGGUCCAAAAUUAAUGGGGUUUUGGAGGGAAACGUGGAACAAAUCGGCAAUAGCUUACAUAUUAGAAACGCUCGCAUUGAAGAUAGGGGCAUUUACGUUUGCAUUGUGUCUAACGAGCUGGGAUUAGAACAAGGCGUUAGUCGUAUUGAAGUUACACGAUUUGAACCUCCGUUGUUACAAAUCUUACCAGAAGGAAGUUUAACAGUGACGCAAGGCAACAGCGUUCAGCUUCAGUGUAGGCCAACGAAAGGAUAUCCAGCCCCAACCAUUACAUGGAGCAGAGAAAAUGGUCGUCCAUUAAGUCCAAAUGUUGAAAUUUUAAAUGGAGGCAACCUAAGAAUUCUGGAUAUAAGCACCAGCGAAGCCGGCCAAUACGCAUGCACAGCAACAAAUGACGCAGGAACAGCUAAGGCUUCGGCUUUCAUCACUGUUCAAACACCACCAGUUCUGACUAUAAGUCCCGAGCAGGAAAUCAUCACUAGAAAGACAGACGAUUAUCUGAAAUUGGCUUGUUACGGCAACGGAGACCCGCAACCGUCGGUUAAUUGGGUAAAGGCCGUCUCACAAGACUAUCGAUCCAGUGUGAGAACAAUUCAAGUCGGACCUGCCUAUUUAGAGUUCACACGUUUGAAACUUGAAGAUGCUGGAGUUUACAUCUGCAUUGGUCAAAAUAGUGCUGGUAUAACCGAGAGGAGGGUUCAAAUUGAUAUCUUACCGGAACGUGGCGAUAAUCCCGGCGGUGAUCAAGGAAGCUCGCCAGGAAACGUUGAAGAAUUCGACGCUAUUGCUGGGGCAAGAGCCGAACUUAGAUGUCGUGUAACAACUAACGAAGAUACUCAUCACUACGUCGACUGGAUUCGUCCGAACAACGAGUCACUUCCAGAAGGCUCUUACAGCAGACAAGGAGUCCUUUACAUAGAUAACGUUCAGCCAUCUGCUGCAGGAGACUACGAAUGUGUCACUUAUCAGUUGCCCAACAGAAAUGUGUUAUUCAAAAUUAGAAGUAGACUACAUGUUCGUUCACCACCUCGCAUAUCUUUGGACCCAAGCAGACAAACCGUAGAACCGGGCCAGAACGCUAACAUCAACUGUAGAGCUACGGGAGAUGAACCAAUCGAAAUUCAUUGGUUGCCUGUUAACCGCACAAUGCCAGCUUCGGUAUACACAACUGACGGUUACAUCCGUUUCAACCAAAUCCAUCUCAACGAUGCCGGAAAAUACAGAUGCGUUGCCAGAAAUGAUGCCGGAGAAGCGGAUUCUGUUGCAGAAGUUGUCGUUGCAGCCCAACCUGAUUAUUACCAGCCCACAAUCCAAGCCGAGAACCAUCUAGUCCAAUCGGCUCCAGGCAACACAGUACAACUACGAUGCCGUCCCGGAACCAGCACUCAAGAAUUCGCUGUCAGGUGGACCAGAGACAAUGCACCGUUGCCAGAGAAUUCCAGAAUCGAAGGACCGAUUUUGCAAAUCUACGACUUGAGGAAGGACAACGAAGGACAGUACUAUUGCGAAAUUCCUACCCCUAGGGGUAUCGUUUCGGAUUACGUCGUACUUCAAGUAGUCGGUCCAGCUGUAAAGUCUCUUCCAUCUCCGAUGCCCGCCCUUCACAUCUACCCCGAAGAAACCGAGUACCCGGUGGGAUCCAAUAUCGAACUGAAAUGUCAAUCUAACGAGCCCGGAGUCAUUCCCGCUUGGUCAAAGAUCAGCGGCGGUUUGGCCGAUAACGUUCAAAACAGAGCUGGCACAUUGACCAUCUACAAUGCCAGAACUGACAACGCCGGAGCUUAUAGGUGCGAAGCUACUGGACAAAGAGGCAAUUAUUACAAGGAUUAUAAUUUGAAUAUUAAAGCCUCCGAUGACCCACUCAGAGACGAAAUCCCACUGCAAGUCCAAAGGGCAAAGAGAAGGGCGUCAGUGAUGUUGGAAUGCAAAACAGAUUUAGAAGAACCAGUGACCUACUUCUGGAGUAAACAAGGUGGCAGCUUACCUUAUUACGUUGACGAAUAUAGCAAAACUAUUCAACUAAACUCAGUAGGAGCAAUCGACGCCGGCACCUACAUCUGCUCAGCAACUAGUCAAAGACGUACGCUAGACAUUCCAAUCGUCCUCGUAGUAACCGGAAUCAUUCCUUACUUCACUCAGGCACCAAACAGCUACAUUACACUGCCAACCUUACCUGAUGCCUACUUGCAAUUCAGCUUUGAAAUUUCCUUCAAACCUGAAAGCGAUUACGGUCUUAUUUUGUACAAUGGUCAUAGAGAAGUGGAAAGAGAUGGAGAUUUUAUUUCAUUGGCUCUCAAUAAUGGCAUUCCAGAAUUUAAAUUUAAUUUGGGUCCUGGCACACCCACAACUACUGUUAGGGCUAAUGAAACUGUAACUGACAGAGAAUGGCACACAAUUAAGAUUGUACGGAAUAAAAAGAGAGUGAUAAUGUUUGUAGACGGAAAGGGGCCAUUCAUUGGAGAAAACGAAGGCAAAUACUUUGGCUUGGAUUUGAGUGAACCACUAUACUUGGGUGGUGUUCCAAAUUACAAUAAUAUUUCACCUGAAAUUGGUAUUAGUAGAGGUCUUGUAGGUUGCAUUAGCAAAUUUAAGAUUGGAUACUCUUAUCAAGACAUUUUGCAUGAUGGUUUAGACUCUGUUGGAAUCACCAACUGCGAAACUUGUACGGAAAAUAAAUGCCAAAAUCAAGGUACUUGUCAGGAAGCCUUGACAACUGAAGGAUACACUUGCAUUUGCCCUGCCAAGUUCAGCGGUCCCACUUGUAAUAAGAAAAAAGGACAGGCUUGCUCACCAUAUUCUUGUGGUGUUGGUAAAUGUAUCGAUACAGAAUACAGCUACAAAUGCCAAUGCCCUCUAGGCCGUAGUGGUAGGAAUUGCGAAAAAACCGUUCAAAUCUACGAACCAGCUUUCAGAGACAACGCGUUCAUCGCCUACCCUCCACCAAGACCACUGAAAAGAACCAAAAUUGAAAUGAGAAUUAAACCUAGAGAUGUCAACGAUGGAAUUUUGUUAUAUUCCGCUGAAACCAACGAAGGUCAUGGAGAUUUUAUCAGUUUAGCUAUCAAAGAUCGUCAUUUGGAAUUCAGAUUCGAUAACGGAAAAGGCCCGUUCGUCAUCAGAAGCGACCAAGAAAUCCAACCGAACCAAUGGUCGGCGAUCCUUGCCAUCAGAUCCGCUCAAGAUGGUAGAAUAAUAAUCAACGGACAUCCUUCGGCUCCGACGCGUUUCGCCACCCUCUUCAAAACUCUCACGCUUUUGACGCCACUUUAUGUUGGUGGUUACGAUGAGCACAGCAUUAAACUGAACCAAGGGGUCAAAGUUGAAAAAGGAUUCAGUGGAUGUAUUGUAGAUAUUAAUAUUUCUGGAUUGGACGAUGCUACCAUGAAAAAUACCACUGAUUCGUCAAAUGUUGAAGAUUGUGCUAGUGAAGAUGACAUCGACAAUAACGUUUCCAGCGGAACCGGCUACCUCGAUUCUGCAUACAAACCCGUUUCAUACGACAACAAAAAGACUGGCUGCUCAGACAAUCCAUGCAAAAAUAACGCCCCCUGCAUUCCUUUAUCUCCGGUCGAUUAUAGAUGUUCCUGUUCGGCAGCUUUUACCGGAAAAGACUGCGAAACUCCUAUAGAUUUGUGCAAAGACAAACCAUGCCAAAACGAGGGUAUUUGCAGAUUCAAUCAUACCGGGUUUGCUUGCGACUGUCCUCUUGGAUUUGGUGGCAGUAGAUGUGAACAACGAGUGGAACUAAGAAACGAUGCUCACUUUAACGGAAAUAGUUGGUUGGAAUUCAGCAAAUCGCUCCUACCGCACAGGUACGAAAACGAAGCAGAAAUUAUCGCUCUCGAAUUGUCAACAAACAAAUCCGAUGGUCUACUUUUCUGGCACGGACAAAGUCCAGUUGAAGAUGGGCAAGGGCAAGAUUACAUUUCACUAGCACUUUCCAAUGGUUACUUGGAAUUCAGCUACGAUUUGGGUAGUGGGCCAGCGAUUAUCAGAAAUACUCAUAUCAAAGUUAACGACGGCGAUCGUCAUAGUGUAAUAUUGAAGCGGCAAGGAAGAUCUGGCUCUAUUGACAUCGAUCACACUUAUAUAGAGGAAGGGACUUCCGAAGGUAGUGCGACAAGUAUGAGUUGCAACGGUAAUAUCUUCCUGGGUGGUACACCCAACAUAAGUAAAAUGACAGGCAGCAGGUUUACUACAGGUUUUAGCGGUUGCAUACACGGAUUCGAGCUUCAACAAUCGAAAACGUUGGAUCUCGGACUCAAAGCCGUCAACGGACUCAAUGUUAAACCUUGCUCUAGUUUUAUUGACAUCGACAACAACAUCUGGAACGAAGAUAUGAUAAAUUAA